UAUCAAAUCCAGAGCUCCUCAGCUACAUUUAGAAUACCGAUUCUAUAAACAGCUUGGCAAUUCAGAAGGAAUCCCUCAGGUCUACUACUUUGGGCCAUGUGGAAAGUACAACGCCAUGGUCUUGGAGCUGCUGGGCCCAAGCCUAGAAGACCUCUUUGACUUGUGUGACCGGACAUUCACUCUCAAGACCGUUCUUAUGAUUGCCAUCCAACUGAUUACACGGAUGGAGUACGUUCACACCAAAAGCUUGAUCUACAGAGACGUAAAGCCAGAAAACUUCCUGGUGGGAAGGCCCGGAAGCAAGCGCCAGCACACCAUCCACAUAAUUGACUUUGGCCUGGCCAAAGAGUACAUUGACCCAGAGACCAAAAAGCAUAUCCCCUACCGAGAGCACAAGAGUCUGACAGGGACGGCGCGGUACAUGAGCAUCAAUACUCACCUGGGGAAAGAACAAAGCCGAAGAGAUGACCUGGAAGCCCUUGGUCACAUGUUCAUGUACUUCCUCCGGGGGAGUCUGCCCUGGCAAGGCCUCAAGAGGAGAUGGCCACAUACCUCCGCUACGUGCGACGUCUGGACUUCUUUGAAAAGCCAGAUUAUGACUAUCUACGGAAACUUUUCACUGACUUGUUUGACCGGAAUGGCUACGUCUUUGAUUAUGAAUAUGACUGGGCUGGGAAACCUUUACCAACCCCUAUUGGCACAAUCCAGAGUGACGUACAAGUCCAGCCUCCAAACAGGGAGAAAGCACAGCAGUACAUCAAACAGCAGGUCAUGAGUUCUACCAAUGGGGAGUUGAACACGGAUGACCCCACUGCCGGCCACUCAAACGCCCCCAUCACCGCACCUGCCGAGGUUGAGGUGGCAGACGACACAAAGUGCUGCUGUUUCUUUAAGAGGAGGAAGAGGAAAACUAUCCAGCGCCACAAGUGAAAUAUUCCUGUUGGUCGAAGCCAGGAUCCUACUGGGACUGCGUUUCCCCCACCCUCCUUUGACUUCCUGGCUGAGGAUAAUGGAUCUUGAUGGAAUAGGAGGGGGCACUGUUUCCCCCCCCACCUGCUCUCCCACUCCAGUUUUAUUGGUGGGUAGGGACACAGGCGGCUUUGACUGUCCUAGCAGGGACACGGGGGUAGGGGCUCCCCCCAUCCAUUUUUCCCCCCUUUCCCCUUCUUCCCAGGAGAUACAAAGGAAGGGGUGGGCAGAAAAAGCACGUUGGACUUCUUGCUCAAGUAUCCUCCUCCUCUUCCUCCUGGUCCACAGAGAGAGAGAGAGAGAGAAAACAGCAUUAAUAUUUAUGCAGCAGUUUUCCUUCCCUUCCAUUUGUCAUGUUUAUUUGUCCUCCGCCCCCCCUUUGGAGCUCCUCAAAAUAGCUUUUGGAACAAAACAAAAAAACCACAAACAGAAAAUGGGAAUCAAUUCUACUUGUUUACCUUUAGAAGAAGCAAAGUGAUGAUUCUGAGAACAGCCCUGCACGUAUUUCUUCUUCUUCUGUUGUUUGCUUCCGUCUCUCUUAAGUUAAUUUAAAAAUGGCGUUUUUUUGGCCUUCAUGCCGCAGCAUCUCCCCCACCCCUUACGCCUUUCCUGUCGUGGCGAUGCAAAUUGUUUUGCUUAUUUUUUUUUUCUGCUUUGAGUUUUAAGGAUGUCCCCCACCCCAAUGUCUCCCUGGUUUCUUUUUGUUUUUUCCCCCAGUUCAUUUUUCCCAGCCCUGCCAAAUUACUCUUGGGUGACAUCCUUUAGGGAAGCUUUGUCCCCCCCCCCCCCGUACUCCAAAAUAACACGAGAGGUAAAAAUAAAUGUAUCGUGCAGGGGGAGAGAGGGAGGGAGGCUGGGGAAUGAUUUACACACUUCCUCAUUUCUCAGUGCACUUUUUUUUGUAGCAAUACCAGCAACAUCUGUGUCUUGAAAACAAUCCAAUUUUAGAUUUUUUUUUAAAUUAAAAAAAAUGUUAAUUAAGUUCUACCCACUCCCAGGUGGGAGAGAAUUAAGGGCAAAAGUCUUGGAUCUCAGGAACGGCAGCCUGCCAAACAUAUAAACCCCAAAGCCAACGUCCAUUGUUAAGAGAACCAUGGAGACGAAGGGGACCUUUUCAUGACCAAAGUGAAACCUACAUGGACAGGGUCACUAGGUGAGACCGUUCCAUAUGGUGGCCCUCGCAGCACCUGGGUACUUCCAAUUUCAUUUGAAAUUAAAUAGCUGGCCGCAAACUCCUAUUUGAGGGGAGAGAAGGAGGCCCACUGAUGAAGCGUUGUGCAAGGACAAUCCACUCUUCUUGUUUUGGUCUGUUUUUUCUCAAAAAAACCAACAGCCGCCUGCAUUCCCAGCUUCCCAGUUGAGUGAUGGCUUGGAAUCGGCUCCUGCAGAACCACCGAUAGGACUGUUAUUAGUACGAAAAGGAGCAAAAGGCUGUUACGAAAACCAUCCAAGCCAAGCCAAAAUCUACCUUGCCAAGGAAGGGAGAUGGCUUUAAAAGAAGGCCCGUGUCUGGCUUUCAUGCUUUUAUAUCCCUUCGUACCCCAUCACUAGCUUACAUGUCUACCCCGGCCUUAGACUAAGUUGUGCCUGGGGACACAGCGGCCCAUCUGCCUGGAUUGAACGUAUACACGCUUCUCCCUUCCGGUUGACCCAAGUCAAAACAAAACAGCUGGUCUGCGGCCAUCAAAGCUACACCUGUCCGAGCUGCUUCAGCAUUGUGACAAUAGCAGUUACUACUUUAGAUAUAUUUUUGUACCAAGGGAUAAGACAAUUGGCCCUGCGUUGCUCCGAAAUAUUUGUCUUUCACUCCGUGUGGUAAAUUACGUGGCACUUGGAAUGUCGGGAUGUGGCCUGCUGGGGAAAUGGUGGCAGGGUUACUACUGGGGGUUGGGGAUGGGGGAAUAGAUACUUUUGGUCUCUGCUAAACUAAAGAGCACUCUUGGGUGGGUGGGUUACUGCUACAGACCAAAGGAGUGCAACUUUUAAAAUUCGCCACACACCUCAUUGUUAGUGCUAAAUCAUAUCUAUUGAACUUCAUUCACCCCCUCCUAAUUAUGAGGGUUACUGCCUCCUCACCUUAUAGCCUUGAAGUUGUUCACUUUCUAGAACUAGAUUUAAACCUUUCCCCCCCCUCCCCUCCCAAUGUGGGUUUUAAGAUUUGAACCCCCUCCUUUCGGGGUUGCGUAAUCGAUGGCAAUCCUGCCGAUGACUCUGAAGGGAAUGGAGUGGGUGCGGAUCCUCCCAGCCCAACCGUUUAAUUCAAAAGCUGGCACUUAAUUCUUUGUGCUUUUUUUCAAGGUGGAUAUGAAUUUCUUUGCCCUAUUUUGAAUGAAUGUUUUUGUGGCCAUUUGAAAUAAGAUUUUAAAAAAAAGAAAAAAAAAAGGAAAGCAGGGACUAAAACUCAGAACAUGAUCUCACUUUAUUGAUCUUAGUUUAUAAACUUUGUUAACAGCAGUGCCUCUGCCAUGCUAGAAUCAACAAGGAUUACAGGAGGUCCUAGGGAAAAUUCUUGAUUUGGGCAACUUCCAUUAAAAUAGGAUUGCUUAGAUAUGUGCAGUGUUUGAGUUUGUUUCCCAAACAAUGCAAAGAGAAAAACAGAAUACAGCCUUAAGCAUUGUGCUGGAAAAAAAAUUAUAUAGUUCCAAUCCCAGGAAGGUGUAAAAGAAAUUUUAAAAAAAUUAAAAUGUUUAUGUAAAGAGUGCAUGAGUGUGCUUGGACUACCAGUUGCAAUGUGGAUUAUUCUUUUUUUUUUCUUAUUUUUUUUUUUAAUGUGACAAAAAAGUUUUAAGGGACAACUCAAAUGACAGAAAGCAAAAAUCAAUGAGGGUUGUAGUUGGCCUUGCGAGCUCUGGUCUUAUUAUCAGGUGUAUGUUUCGGCCCAUGUCUGAUUUGCAUCAAAAUGAAUUUUGCAGACUUAAUUGUGUGGUUGUUUUGUUUUUUUAAUUAUGUAACAAAAGAAAAAGGUAAUUUCAAGUCUGACUAGAAAUGAGAUUUGUACUGGUGUAGCUCCGAAGCAGAAGAGAGAUUGUGGCAUUGCAAAUUUAGUUACUGCUUUAAAAAAAAAAAGUGUACACAAGUUAUGGUGUAUAAGUUUCUCUUGAAGCUUCUUUGAAGCCAUAGAAGUUAGGGCUUUUUAAAAAAAAAAAAACAGGAAAAAAAAUCUGAAAAACUUUAAAAAAUUUAAAAAAACCUUAAAAAAUAAAUUCUGUAAAAAUGUUUCCUUGUGUUUUGGUUUAAAAGUAGAGAUGUUUUGUCUUGAAGAGUGAUUUUCGGUGACUUUUUGGGGAAAAGUAAACAGUGCUGUUCAGAUAGUCCUCAAGUUACGACCAUAAUGGAGCCUGCCAGUGUCAUAAAGCAGGUUUAUCUUGCUAUUGAACCAAUGUUAUGAACUAUUUUGUGGUGGUCCUGAAUGAAUGUGGCAGUCUUUAAGAGAACCCCUAGAAUGCUGCAAACAAGUGUAAAUAUGGGCUAAGUUGCCAAGUGCCUGAAGCGGUCACAUGACCAGGAGGUAGAAAUGACCAUCUGAAUUUUAUAUCCAGGUCAUAAAUCUCUCCCCCACCCACCCAAUGUAAGUAAGUACAUGGUAACUUCCAAUAAUUGCUAUGUAACUGAAAGUCAAGGACUCCCAGUAAUGGUGCAGAGAGAAAGCAUCUAUUCUCUAGAACAAUCUUUUUCAACCUGGGUGCCUUUAACAUGGCAGGACUCCAAAUCCCAGAAUUCCACACCCAACUUAAAAGGUGCUGAAGUUGAAAAACAAUGUGUUCCAUUUUUUAAAGUGGCAUCCCAGAAGCCUGAGCAUAAGAUGAGCAUCCUCCUCUUUUUCCCCUAAUCCCCCAGCAUUUUUUUUUUAAAAAAAGAUUCAGUUUCUCUCUAUUCACUAGCCACAAAUGUGCAAUCCACCAACUCAACUGUGGUAUGUAACAUCCAGUUUGGACUCCUCCAAAUGUUCCACCCUAAACUCAGCUGAAUUGUGAAUGUUCACCUAAACCUGAAUUGUGCUGUUCUCCUGCUAUACGCAAGCAAAUAAGCCAUCUUAUCCCGCAACUGUAUGACAACCUCAUUUUGGCUUAGUGCACCAUGUUGUUCCAGAACAUACUAGCAGAGGUGAUUCAUCCUUCUGAUCGGAGGCUUGUUCACACAUUUCAUGGCUUUUCUGGAAUGAAACUGCAUGGUCAUCGGAAGCAGUUGCCAGUUGUUUCUGCUCCAACGCUCUUGCUAUUCUUUGGCAAGAGUAUUGUCAAAGACCUCUUACGUGCCAAAAGAUGCAUCUCUCCCUUACCAACAUUCCUUGUCAAAAAUGAGCAUCCUGAAUUCAGACUGGGGGGGGUGGGGGUGGAACCCAGUAACUGCCUAAAAAGUGAUUUCCUACCUACAGUAACUUACAAACUCAAGAAAAUGUGGGAAUCAAAACAAACUGAUGGUUGAACUUCACAGAAGUUGAUAAGCAGGUGUCUGAAUUCCAACCUACUGAUCCAAAAAUAGUUUCAAGAAGAGAAGCAGCUGUUACAUUCACUGUCUGAUUCUUGGUCCAUCAUGCUGAUAACUGUCAACAACUGCCACAGCUUUUUUUCUGUUGCAGAUGGUCUAGGCUGGGGGUCUCCAACCUUGGCAACUUUUAAGACUGGACUUCAACUCCCAGAAUUCCUCAGCCAGCAAAGGCCUGGGAGUUGAAGUCCACAAGUCAUCAAAGCAGGGCUCUCCAGCACACAAACCAUAUUAAAUUUGCAACUUAGACUUGGCUGUGGGUACUACUUCUCUCAUGACACACACACACACACACACACACACACACACACACAAAUGCUUAAAGACAACUUUGCUGCCUUUAUUCACUUGCUAUUUACAAACAGAAAGGAAGGAGGUGGUGAAACGCUGAAUAAUACAGUUUCUGAUACAGUUAUUGUUAUAGCAUCGCAUGAGCAAUCGUUGACACUAUUGGAUGUUUGCUCUUGGCAACACCAAGAUUCAUUUGCAAAUGCUAGAAUUUGCGUCACACUCCAAGAACUUCAACUGAACUUCCCUUUCAGUUGGUGACAUUUUAAUAAAAACCAGAUUUUAUACAACAAUCAGAGACCUACACACACCCAAAAGGGAUUUCAAAGGAUGAGUGAAAUGCUUUCAGCCAUCCAACCUAAAGUAGCUUGCCGUCAGAGUUACAAACUACCUUUAAACUAUUUUUAAGUAGGCGUUUUUAGAAACCUAUUCAAUGAUUAUUUUUCGUCUACAGAAAAACAGAUUAGCGCAUCGCUGAGAAAAGAGUUCUCUGAAAAAUGAAAGGUGGUGGAGGAGAAGAUGUGGGGAUGUUGAGAAUCCCUGUAGGAAAGCAAGCUAUAAAAUGAACUAUGAACUAAUGUGUGGAUAUUGGAUAUUGAAUAAGCCUCUUGAUAAAAAUCAUGGAUGUGCAUAUUUUCUCUACUGUCUGCUGAUGGGAGAGCUAGUAACAGGAGAAUGGUUCCAUUCUAUAUACUGGCCGGAAUAGAAAUGUACACACAUUAUACAGUGAUUAACAAUAUACAAGGGAGAUUCAAAAACAGACUUGUGUGACAUAAGGCUCAGGGACCUCUGUGGAAUAAUAUGUAUUUCCAGACAAGUAGUUUCAAAGGUAAACGCACCUACUGACCGUGGCAAACCAAAAGGGGGGAAAAAAAUCCAGGGCAACCCUUUUUUCCUGAUUAAAGAUUCUGUCCCGAUUGAAGACUUUUUGUGGUCAAAUACUCUGUUAGAAUCAAAGGAAGAUGGACUCAACUUUGGUGAAACCAAACUAGGUCUUAAUGCCAUCAGGAUAAAGUCAAGGGGUCAUAUUUGAAAGCAGGCUUCCCAAAGGAAUGGCCAGAUUGCUGGCUGGAGAAUGAUGGAAGUUGCAGUCCAGCACCUCAAGAAGACACCAGCAAGUCAGUGAAUUUCCACUGAGAAACAAAAUGUACCACAUCACAUCUGAUUAUCAUAGGGGAACUGCAGAGAUACUUUGUAGGAGGAACUAAUUCUCAGAGAAUUGAACUGCUUUCUGGCUUUAUUUAUUAAUCUGGAGAAGGGCGUGUGUACGAUGAGGGUGCGAAGAAUCACACCAAAUCCUUGACCCAAAACAAUUGUGGAUGUGGACAAUUUUGCAGUAACAAUAGAUAAAUGAAUCUCUAGAUCACCACAGUGGGAUUUAGUUUUACCCUCCCACCAGAAUCAAAAGCUGACCUGGUACCCCACCCCAUCGUAUUUUUUAGAUUGGAAGGGGGGGGGGGAAUGCUUAUCUGAAUAGUGCCCUCAAAUACUUUCUAGGAUUGAUUGCUUCAUGUUGCAAUUUUCCCAAAGCAACAAAUGUGGGAAAGUAGCAUCCAUAGCACACUGACAGCUGUGACUUACUAAUGGAAAAAGGAACCAACCACUAGUGAGCAACACCUGGCCAAGAGUCAUCAAAGUCCUUUUAGUCAAGGGACUGCCACAUAUCCUUGGUCCACGUUAUGUUCAGUCGAAGCACAGCUGGGGAAGCUGUUCUACCAUACAGCUGGGGUUGCCUAUACCCAUCCUAAAUGCAUCUGAACAAUAGUAAAAAAAAAAAAA